CUCAUUGGAGGAUCCGAUCCGUAGUUGCGUAGUGGCAUCGGUGUAGUUGCGGAGUGUGCUUGUCAGUCGGCGUCUGCCGAAAAAGUGCUUAAUUAGAACGCGAAUUCACCUGCUGCAGACGCAAUACGCAAGAGGAUGACUUGGGGAUUUGUCACGUGUGGCCCGAACGAGGCGCUGGUCAUUUCAGGAUGUUGCUACACGAAACCACAUUUAGUACCUGGUGGACGAGCAUUCAUAUGGCCUUCAAUACAACGAAUCCAAAGAUUGUCACUAAACACAAUGACCCUUCAGGUGGAUUCACCAACUGUAUAUACAAGUCAAGGUGUUCCAAUUUCAGUUACAGGAAUUGCACAAGUAAAAAUUCAAGGACAAAACGAAGAAAUGCUCCUCGCGGCCUGCGAGCAAUUCUUAGGCAAAACAGAGUCGGAGAUCCAGCACAUUGCACUUGUGACCCUAGAAGGUCACCAGCGUGCUAUAAUGGGCUCGAUGACGGUUGAGGAAAUUUACAAAGAUCGCAAGAAGUUCAGCAAACAAGUCUUCGAAGUGGCCUCAUCUGAUCUAGUCAACAUGGGAAUUACAGUCGUUUCAUACACGUUGAAGGAUAUCCGCGACGAAGAGGGUUACCUGAAAAGUUUGGGAAUGGCACGUACGGCCGAAGUGAAACGUGACGCGCGCAUCGGUGAAGCCGAAGCGCGUUGUGACGCGACUAUUAAGGAAGCUAUCGCCGAGGAGCAGCGCAUGGCAUCGGUGUUCCUCAACGACACUGAUAUCGCCAAGGCUCGCCGCGAUUUUGAACUAAAGAAAGCUGCCUACGACGUGGAGGUGCAGACGAAGAACGCUGAGGCCGAGAUGGCGUAUGAGCUGCAGGCAGCUAAAACGAAACAACGCAUUAAGGAGGAACAGAUGCAGAUUAAGGUAGUGGAGCGGACUCAGGAGAUUGCCGUACAGGAUCAGGAAAUAGCACGUCGUGAACGCGAGUUGGAAGCCACGGUGCGAAGACCCGCCGAGGCGGAAAAGUACAGGCUGGAAAAGAUCGCCGAGGCAAAUAAUAAGAAAGUACAAUUGGAGGCAGAAGCCGAGGCGGAAGCCAUUCGACUACAGGGACAAGCGAUGGCUUUUGCUAUUGAAGCUAAGGCCAAGGCGGAGGCGGAACAAAUGGCUAAGAAAGCGGAAGCGUUCAAAGAAUACAAGGACGCCGCCAUGAUGGAGAUGAUUUUGGACGUGUUGCCUAAGGUGGCCGCCGAAGUAGCAGCUCCGCUAUCACAGACCAAGAAGAUUACGAUGGUGUCGAGCGGUAACGGUGAUGUCGGUGCGGCCAAACUGACCCAGGAAGUCUUCACCAUCGUCUCCAAGGUGCCAGAGCUGGUCAAAACAAUGACAGGCGUGGAAAUCUCCAAGUCGGUAUAUGCUGCUUAAUCAUUGCUGAUCAGUCAUACUGUACAAUCUAAUGAAAAUUCUACUUAUGAUGAUGGACUAACAACGUACAUUUUAUUUGCUUGAUGAGCCAAGCUACGGCAGAGUCCCAGUCGAAUUACGUAAACACUCUUUAUAUUCGUAUUUUCAGAUCGCACGAAAAAAGUUCAUUCGAUACGCGAUAUUGUUCGAAUUGUUUAACGCAAUCAAAAUUUUAUUGUGCGUUUUUUAAUUAUCUUUUGAGGGAUAAGGAUCUCUUUGUUUUUGAUUUCGUUUUUAUUGGCCGAUCUACAUUUUUUACUCAAAUAGGCGUUAUGGUGCAAUAAAUUAUGUUUUUUUUGUAGCCGAUUUAAUACGGCCUGUCGGUUUGCAUCAUACUCAGAAGCAUUUAACGUGUUUUUCUCAAACGGACCAAAGUAGUUCUGUAGCGCACGCGUCAGUAAAUAAAUGAGUGUAAAUUUAAACGAAGGCACAAUAGGCCCAUAUUAUGUUUUAGAUGUGAUGAAUGAUUGAAAUCUCAAUGUCAACGCAUACGUUAUUAUUAGUUGCGCUUAAGUUUAAAUUCAGCGUAUUCCACUCUCAUGCGCAAUUACUUAAUUAUACUUGAACAAAUCCAGUAGUUUAGUUGAUAUGUCAUUAUCAGUGACAUUACAACGGAAACAACCUUUUUUCAUUGAAUUCUAUUUAUAAUCUGGGAUUAGCGGUAUCAACAAGUAGUAUGAAACCCGUAUUUCUUCGAAUUAUUUAAUUACUCAAUUCCGUUCAAAUUUUAAAUAUCUGCUUGGCCCACAAAAACAUUAUUUUUAAUUGUAGCUGGUUGUUAGUCCGUCAAAAACUCGAACGGUUUUGCGAAUGGCUCUUAGCUAGGUGAAUUAUAAAAAAAUAUUUAUAUUUAUAAAAAUAUUAUAAUGCUAUAACUAUCUACAAGGUAUUUUUAUCGUCAUCCAAGUUACGCAUAUAUGUAUUUACAGUUUUCUUUGUAUAUUUUUUCUAUCAACGGCGGCCAGUCAAUGUUCGUUUGAAUGAUUCACAUUGUGUUAGUACGGAUGAAUCUUUUAUUUUUUUGUUAUUAUGUUGAUUUGUGUUAUCAUUAAAUGUGGAUGUAUUAUUAACUCUCGCCCAUGUUACAUGUACCGUUGUCUACGAGAAGCAAAAGCUCGAUAUAAACCGAACAUAACACAAUGCAAGCGUCGUAUUUUUUGAUGUUACACCAAACACACGCGAACGAUUCCGGAGCGCAACAAACGCAAGCGUUUUCUUAGGUCAUAAUAAAUAUUAUAAUGUAGACUAACUACUUCCCCCCCGCCUGAAUGAUGAUUCUACUGUAUUUUGUUUGUUUGAUUGAAUAAAAGUGAUUAAAAAUCA